AUGUCGUCAAGCGAAACACUUCCGCUCUACAACCCAACGGCAACCGACCCGGAUGGUACGAAUAUGGCUCCCAAUACGAAGAAGAACGUUGCUGAGUGCAUCUCCGAUGACGCACUUGUGCACUUCAAGUCAUACAAGUACUCAAGCGUCGACCUAUCUCCAGUUUCGAAAUACGUCCUUGGUCCUUUCUGGAAUGCUUCUGUCAACCUCCUCCCACUAUGGAUUGCUCCCAACAUGGUCACUCUGCUGGGUUUUUGCUGCAUCUUGAUAAAUGUUGCUUUCUGCGCAAUCUGGAUGCCCGAUUUGAUCGGACCGGCUCCCUCAUGGCUUUACUUCAGCUUUGCGUUCGGUCUCUUCGCGUACCAAACAAUGGAUAACCUCGACGGAAAGCAAGCUCGACGAACCGGAACCUCAAGCGGACUCGGUGAACUCUUCGACCACGGUAUCGACUCGCUCAACUGCACGCUGGCCAGUCUUCUCGAAACAGCCGCCAUGGGUUUGGGUUGCUCUAGCGCUGGUAUCUUCACCGCGCUGUGCCCAUGCCUGCCCAUGUUCUUCUCGACCUGGGAAACCUACCACACACAUACUCUCUACCUCGGUGUGAUCAACGGUCCUACGGAGGGCAUCCUCAUCGCCUGUGCAAUUAUGAUCAUGUCUGGCAUUUGGGGCCCCGGUAUCUGGACCAUUCCUUUGGCUCAUGGUAUUCAGGACAGCCUUCCCGGACUUGCUGAGCUUCUGGGCGAGACGACCUUCCGAGACGUCUGGAUCGGCCUGAUCGCUGGUUCCCUCAUCUUCACACAGAUCCCCUUCUGUGUUCUCAACGUUGCCAAGGCCCGCAAGUCUAGAGGAGAGCCCAUCCUCUCUGUCUUCCUCGAGUGGAUUCCCAUGGCCGUUUUCACUAUUUCAAUCUCCGCCUGGGUCUUUUCUCCCUACAGCACUAUCAUGAAGGAGAACCACCUUAUGCUUUUCUGCUUCAUCAUGUCAUUCGUCUUUGGCCGCUUAACAACCAAGAUUAUUCUCGCUCACUUGACACGCCAGCCUUUCCCCUGGUGGACUGUCAUGUUGUAUCCUCUUGUUGGUGGUGCUUUUCUCGGAAACCUGCCUCGAUUUGGCCUUCCUCAGGUCAGCGCCCAAUUCGAGCUGUUCUACCUUUGGGCAUACCUCAUCUUUUCCAUGGUUGUCUACUUCCGCUGGGCUUGGCUCGUCGUUACCAGCAUUUGCAAUUACCUCGGUAUCAACGCGCUCACCAUUCCCAAGGAGAAGCAGAUUGCCAACAAGGCGGCACAGGCUGCCAACAAGUUGCAUUAA